GGACAAUCGCGCCGUUAGCACGCUCACCGGGUAGCGUGGUAGUGUUCACCGGGCUGUUUGGGACAUGUAGUUAGCUGAGGAAUACUGUGUGAAGAUAAACCCCACCUGAAGACAGCAGGGAUGGCUCUGGAGCAGCUCAGUGAUGUGGUCCAGAGAUGUCAAGCCCUCCCUGAUGACAGCUACACCACCGAGGAUCAUGACGUCUUCACCAUUGCUGGGCGGACCUGCAUCGAGGAGGGAAACUGUGCACAGGUCCUCAGUAUUGUCCUGGAUGAAAAGAAUCAGGACAUAGUGAGAUGUAUGGGUUGGAACCUGCUGCCACCCCUGAUUCAGGUUCUGCUGAAGAAAGAAAACAAGAACCUUUCUCAAUGCUUGGCCAUUUUCAACCACCUUCUACAGACCUGCAGACCCAAAGAGCUGCUGAUUGGCCUGUUGGAGCAGCUGGAGCAGGAUGACCCUGACACCAUAGCAGAGAGCCUCCAUCUGCUGUUAAGCCCUCUACAGAAAGUGCUGCUAAGCCUGGGCAGCCGCAAGGCGUCGUCUUUGGGUAUGACGCUGUCCACUGUGCUGGACCAGGUGGCCAAACUGCCUCUACCUCACACCAAGGAGCAAGAGGAGGACGAUGUCUUCUCGCUGUGUCGCUGCUGCACCGAUCUCACAGACUUUGUCAGACCCUUUGUGCAGGAGGCCAAGCAAAACAACCUGAGCAGGAAGGCGCAAACUGACAGCGCAAACAAGACGGCGGGUGAACAGAACAAGUGUAAAGAGGACGAGCUGCAGACAGAGCUGCUAAAGUUCUGUAUGAAGACUCUGAGUCAUCCUCUGCUGGAGGUUCAAGUCAAGGAUCCGGACACUUUGGCUGUGUCUCCUCUCAGGAAUUUCGCCACAGAGAUUUUGACCAGCCUCAGCUCUAUCGGAGAGUCCAUCCCCACUCUUGUGUACCAGCCUCUGCUGAAGAGAAAACAGGUUCCAGGCUUUCUGGAGGAGGAGGUGCGUUAUCCUAAAGAGUCUUUGGCCAGCCUGGCUCACCUAGUGUUCGUCCAUCACCUGGCUGCAGACACCUUCCCCAGUGUUUUCAGUCCGGUGUUCUGUCUGCGGUGUAACAUGGAGCACAUUUGCCUCCUCCUGUCCAGAACUGAGGAGUCCAGGAUUCAGAAGGGACUGGAGCUGUAUGAGAAGAGCCUGGUGCGGGUGGAGGAUGGCAGUCUGCCUGCAGAUCUGCUGGAGAUCAAAAGCUUCCUGGCAGUCCCUCAGAACCUAGUGAAGGUCAUGACGAUAUGUCCAAGGCACGAUUUGAGAACCAGAGGUCUGAAGGUGUUCCAGCUGAGCAUUGAUAAGUUUGACACUGAAGCAAAGUACAGUUUUUUCCAGUACAUGCUGAAAACCAGUAAUCACUCGGGAGUCGAAGGCUACAUCAUUAAAAACAUCAAGAACCAGAUCGACUUUGCCCUGCAGCCAGGUAACGGUAACACCUGGUUUGAGGGGGCUCACCUGUUGCCUUUGCUGCGUAAAGUUCUCAGUCUGCCAGAUGGCCCAGAGACUGACCUCCUGCAGUACCUGGACAGAGUCAUGGAGUCUCUGAACCUGCUGCGUUACCUCGUCAUCAGAGACAAAGUGACGGAGAACCAGACGGGGAUCUGGACCGAGCUGUAUAAAAUAGAAGAUACGUUCAUAAAGCCGCUCCGUGUUGGAGUGAACAUGUCGAGAGCUCACUACGAGAGGGAGCUCCACAACACCAUGGAGACCAAGCGGGGCAAGGCCAAAGAGGAGUCGGUGCUCUCUGUGUCCGUCGGUGACGAGAAGCUGCCGAACAUGACGUCAGAGUCGCAGAUUCAGGCUCUGCACUCAGCCCUGCACACGUUUGACAUGAUGGAGAGCGUGUUGGUGCGAAUAGAGGAGCUCACCGAGGUGAAGGAGAAUCUUUAGGCUGAGCUGUGAGCUCAUCAGAGAUCCUCGUCGUCUCAGGGCCAAGCGUACACAAAAACAAGCCUACAACCGUUCUGUUCAUUGAUUUGUUUUAAGAAUGAACAGCAUCACUUGUGGAUGCAUUAUUUCAAAUUGUUAACAAUUGUGCACUGUUAGUGUUGUUGUGUGUGUGUUUGAAGUUGUUUUCAGCAGGUCUGCUGGGGAUUUAGAAUUAAGUGUUAAGUAACUUUAAAAUGUUGCAUAAUGUCUAUAAAAUAUCCAGUAAUGGCUGGGAAGUUUAUAUUACUUCUAUAAUACAUAAAAUUUUGUACACAUGGAUUAAAUAAGGUGUUGUACUGUU